ACACAGGUGAGCAGCUCCUGAAAUAAAAGCCGAACACAAGCGGCACAUGCUGCAUUUGAGCACUUCACACAUAGAGAAGAACUACUUUCACACACAAACCGAUCGAUAUAUUGUCUGGAUGAAGACGUGGAUUUUUCUUUCAUUAGCAGCUCUGUCUGCGGUGUGUUGGGCGCAGCAGGACUGCGGCCGCGGCGCGUGUUACCCUGUGAUGGGCGACCUGCUGCUGGGCCGAGAGCAGAGCCUGCACGCCUCCUCCACCUGCGGUCUGAUGGGGUCUGAGGUGGUCUGCACUCCACACGGACAGUGGAAGAUGAAAUGUUGUCCGUGUGACUCUCGGAACCCCGCGGCGUAUAACGCUCACAGGAUCCAGAACGUGAUCUCCAGCGUCGGGCCCAACCGAUGGUGGCAGUCCAAGAAAGAUGUGAGUCCCGUGACGCUGCAGCUGGAUUUAAAUGGAAUGUAUCACCUGGAAUCCGUCUUACUGUCUUUUAAGGGCCCGAGGCCUGACGCGCUGAUCAUCGAGAGGUCGAAGGAUUUCGGGCGCUCUUGGCAGCCCGUCCUGUACAUGGCCACCGACUGUCCGUCCACCUUUCCUCAGGUGGGCACGUCGUUCCCUCGCAGCCUCCAGGACACUUACUGCUACACACUGCCCUCCACCGCCGACGAUCCCUACAGGGACCAGAAGGUUCACUUUUAUCCUCUCCGUCAGUUCACAAACGUCGAUCUACCGAACGAAUACAAGAUUGAAGUGGCGUCCGGGUUCACGGCUCUGCGGGUCAAUCUGACCCAGUUGGGUUCGGUGCCCAGUAUGCCGGGCCGCAGUCUGAGUCAGUUUUACGCCCUGCGCGAGAUGAAGGUCAUCGGCUCCUGCUUCUGCCACGGACACGCCGACCGCUGCCUCCACGACACCAGCAGCAACCGCCUGCCCAACGCACAGGUGGGAAGCGUGUGUGACUGUCAGCACAACACGGCUGGUGUGAACUGUGAGCGAUGUGACGACUUCCAUAACGACCUUCCCUGGAGACCAGCGGAGAGCGGAAACACACACACCUGCAAACGUUGUGACUGUAAUAAUCACGCCAAUCGCUGUCACUUUGACCUGGCGCGGUACGAGGCGACGGGCCGCCGCAGCGGAGGAGUGUGUGACGGCUGUUCACAUCACACCACAGGACCCAACUGUGAGCGCUGCAUCCAAAACUACUACCCAAACCCUCUUAGCGACAUGAGGAGCCCCGACGCCUGCCUGCGUUGUCUGUGUGACCCCGCGGGCUCUGAGAACGGAGGUCAGUGUGACCGGAUGGGAGUAUGUGUGUGUAAAGCUAACGUGGAGGGCGAACGCUGCGACCGCUGUAAAGCCGGAUACUACAACCUCAACGCCAACAAUCCUCUCGGCUGCUCCAAGUGCUCCUGUUCUGUCGGGUCGGUCAGCAGUGUGUGUAACCAGCUGACGGGUCAGUGUGUGUGUCGCCCUAACGUGGAGGGUUUAGCAUGUGACCGCUGUGCUGCGGGUUACUGGAACCCGUCAUCGCCCAACGGCUGCCAACCAUGUGACUGUGACCCCAUCAACGCCCGCAGCGCCACCUGUGACCAGCGCACUGGUCAGUGUCCCUGUCGUCCUGGCAUCGGGGGCCGGACUUGCAGCGGUUGUCCUGACAACACAUAUGGAAAUCCACAGAUUGGCUGCAGACCGUGUGACUGCGAGCGUUCAGGCACCGUGUUGGGUGGCUGCGAUAAACGCACGGGUGCGUGCCUCUGUAAACCAGGCAUUACCGGCGCCCGCUGUGACGUCUGCGCCCGCGGCCACUGUGCCAGUUUCCCAGAAUGCCCGGCAUGCCCGUCCUGCUUCUUCAGCAUGAACACCCGCCUGCAGGAGCUCACGCUCGGCCUGGAGCGUCUCUCCAACACCCUGCUGUCCUCCAGCGGCCGGCCGACGUCCAGCGACGCGAGCCGCAGGAUCCAGGCACUCCGUGACUCACUCAUACUGAUCCAGGAGUCUGUGUCCGUCCCGCUGCAAUCUAGCCGCGCACUGACCCAAGCCCUGCAGAGACUCGACGCACUCCGGUCUCAAAUGAAUGGCUUGAGUGACGUUCUGCCAUUGCAGCCACAGGACCGAGAGCUGGAGCGAAGUCUGGACGAGCUGCAGACGCUACUGUCGUCCCUGCGUCUGGACUACUUCACCCGGAGAGACGCCUUCACCAAUAGCGCCGGAUCCACCAAUGCCAGUGCCUUCCACGCCAUUCAGAAGUCGUAUGAGACAUCGACUGACGCCCUCAAGAGAGCCAACACCACCAUAGACUCCCUGAAGAAGUCCGAGGGCAUGAGAGAAAACGCCCUGAGCGACCUGAACGCCGUGCAGCCAGGAAACACUAAAGACCUGCAGAAGCUGAAGAAGGAUAUGGCAACACGGCCCAAUCUGACGCCUGUCGCCACCAAGGUGUGCGGUGGUGAUCGCGUGGAGCCCUGCACUCCAGAGAGCUGCAGAGGUGACCUGUGUCCUCCUGACGGAGCGCCCCCGUGUGGAGCGGAGGAAGCCUGCACAGGAGCACUGCCAAACGCUAACAAGGCCUUUCAGGACGCCGACGAGGUCAAGGCCAAACUACAGGAGCUCAACAACAAAAUCACACUAGCAGCAGCGCAGAUACAGGACGCUGAAGAUUCGGUCAAUAAGGUACGAACGUCCACUGACGAGCUGGCCAAUCAGAUCAAGCAGGUGCGAGCCAACGUGGACGGAGACCUGAAGGACACCAAAGACUUCAUCAACACACUGAAGGACUUCCUGUCAGAGCCUCACUCAGACCCGGAUCAGGUCCAGCGGGUGUGCGAGGCGGUUCUGGAGGCGCGGUUCCCCCUGACCGUGGAGCAGCUGAAGCAGAAGCUGAAGGAGCUGCAGGAUCUGACGUCCUCUCUGCCCGACAGCAGCAGCGUCCUGACGGCCACCGGCCCGCAGCUGGAAGACGCCAGACGCCUGCUGGACGCGGCCCGCGACACACGAGAUGCUGCGUUUGGCAUCCAGCAGGACGGCGAGAGCCUUCUGAAGGCGAUGGAAGAGAACGAGGCCAUUUUAGACGACCUGGAGAACAAAAUCCAGCAGAGCGUCGACAUCGCUAACAACGUCAAGAAGGACGUCAAGCAGAUAGAGGACGCGCUGGUUCCUGCCGAGCAGGGGAUUGUGGGUAUCUCAGGGCUGCUGGGUGAGAUUCGCCCCCUGCUGGAUGAGUUGAAGAAUGACGUGACGACAGGAAAAGCGCUAGCGAACGAAGCUCAAGAUCAGGCAGAUUCGGCUCAAGACGAGGCCGACGAGGCCGCACAGGACCUGGAGGCGUUAAAAGAAGAGUUAGAGAGGAUGAAACGGGCCGCGGAGGAAAACACACAGGCUGGCGAAGACGGCGCCCGUCUACUAAAACUGCAGGAGGAGGCGGAGUCUCUGAUGACGGACACCUCCGACAUCAUGAAUGCUUUGAAAGAUAAGGAGGCGUCCAUCCGGCAGCAAGCGGCAGUGAUUGAGGAGAACGGCGCGCGACUGUCCGGUCUGGACGCUCAGGUGGAGAUGCUCAGAGAUGAUAUUCGCAAUAAAGUCACCAGACUGAGCAUUUGUCAGGGCUGAUGACGCACAAAUAACACACAAUAAACAACAUGAACACUGAGAGGAUUGUGAGUGUGUUAUAUUUACAGCAUACUACACAGUGCACACUGUAGAAUGCAUACUAAAAUGAGUAUGUUGUGAUCAAUAAAACUAUUAACUCUU